AUGAAGUCUACUCUGAUUGGCUCGAUCGCUUUGGCCUUGUUGCCUGGCGCGAUCGCCUCCCCCGGUGGUUUCAACCCGGACAACAUCGUCUUCGCGCAACGCGCACUCCCCGACGCGCCCGACGGAUAUGUGCCAACCUCGGUCAGCUGCCCAGCGACCCGACCGACAGUUCGCAGCGCAGCGAAGCUCUCCUCCAACGAGACAUCAUGGCUCAAGGGCCGUCGUGAGAAGGCUCUCACCGGCCUGAAGGACUUCUUUGGGCAUGUGACCGUCGGCGACUACGAUGUCGCAUCUUACCUGGACAACCACUCCUCCAAUAUCUCGAACAUCCCUAAUAUCGGUAUUGCUGUGUCGGGUGGUGGCUACCGUGCGUUGAUGAACGGCGCUGGUGCUAUCAAGGCCUACGAUAGUCGAACCAACAACGCGUCGACGAGUGGACACUUGGGUGGUUUGCUGCAGUCUGCUACCUAUGUCGCUGGUCUGAGUGGAGGCAGUUGGUUGCUGGGAUCCAUCUACAUCAACAACUUCACUACCAUCGACAAGUUACAAACGCAUGAAGAUGGUGCCGUCUGGCAGUUCGGAAACUCGAUCCUCGAAGGACCCAAAUCUGGCAGCAUCCAGAUCUUGGACUCGGCGAGCUACUACAAGGACCUCGCUGAGGCUGUCAACUCGAAGAAGGACGCUGGCUUUGACACCUCUCUCACCGAUAUCUGGGGUCGCGCACUCGCAUAUCAGAUGUUCAAUGCUUCCAAUGGUGCCAUAAGCUACACCUGGUCGUCUAUUGCUGAUACCUCUGAUUUCCAAGAUGGCAACUAUCCCAUGCCACUGGUUGUCGCGGAUGGACGUAACCCAGGUGAACUUGUCGUCGGUAGCAACUCGACCGUCUACGAAUUCAACCCUUGGGAGUUUGGUACCUUCGAUCCCACCAUCCAUGGUUUUGUUCCUCUCAAAUACCUGGGAUCUCGCUUUGAGGGCGGCUCUCUUCCCGACAACGAGAGCUGCAUCAGCGGCUUUGACAGUGCUGGAUUCAUUAUUGGAACCUCCUCCACCCUCUUCAACCAGUUCCUUCUCCAAAUCAACACCACUUCGCUUCCUAGUUUUGUGAAGAGUGUAUUCACCGACCUCCUCACUAAGCUUGACAAGUCUGAUGAUGAUAUUGCGGCAUACGACCCCAACCCCUUCUACCACUACAACAACGACUCGUCGCCAUAUGCUCGCCAAACUGAGCUGGAUGUCGUCGACGGUGGUGAGGAUGGACAAAAUGUGCCUCUGCACCCUCUUAUCCAGCCCGAGCGUCACGUCGAUGUUAUCUUCGCCGUGGACUCCUCGGCUGACACUGACUACUACUGGCCCAACGGCACAUCUUUGGUCGCAACCUACGAGCGUAGCUUGAACAGCACCGGUAUUGGAAACGGUACUGCUUUCCCUGCAGUUCCCGAUGUCAACACCUUCGUCAACCUUGGUCUGAACACCCGCCCAACCUUCUUUGGUUGCGACAGCUCCAACAUCAGUGGGCCCGCUCCCUCGUUGUUUACCACCGACGACACCGAGCGUGACAACAUCAUCCUCAACGGAUACGAGGUCGCCACUAUGGCCAACAGCACCCUCGAUGGUAACUGGACAUCCUGUGUUGGCUGCGCCAUCCUGAGCCGCUCCUUCGAGCGCACAAACACCACCCUUCCUGAGAUCUGCAAUACCUGCUUCGAUCGCUACUGCUGGAACGGCACUCUGAAUGCCACCACCCCCGCAAACUACAACCCCACGACCUACCUGGCCGAUAAUGCUGGUUCUGCCAUGCUGCCCACCGUUCUCUCUUCGGCUGUUGCUACGGGUGUGACUCUCUUCGCCUUGAUGUGA